AUGCUAGGAUUUUCAUAUGGAGAAAUAUUUCUCUUGCUUGGCGCUACUGCUGCUCUUAUUGGACCUAAAGAUCUGCCAAUUAUAGCAAGAACAGCAGGCAGAUUUGCCAGGCGUGCAAUCGGUUAUGUUCAACUGGCCCGUGGUCAAUUUGAAAGUGUCAUGCAGCAGUCUCAAGCUCACCAGGUUCAUAAGGAAAUGCCAGCUACCAGGGCUCAACUGGAAGCAAUACAUCAUGAAAUCAUUCGGACAUUCUCUUUUAUGAAUCCUGGUCCAUUGACAUAUAGGCAUGUCGACAACAUCAACACAACAGCUGCAAAUAGCGCUGUUUCUCAUUUAUUCUUUGUGACUCCGGGAAAAAAAAUUCUUCUUUGUUACACAGUUGAAAAUAGACCUAAAAACACUGAUGAAGAGAGCAUCUUUGUUGAAAAGGGACAUCAAAUAUCCAAGAAGGAGAGUACAGUAGCAACUGCAGUAACUGAGGAUUAUAGUUCAAGGAAAGCUUUGACCAAUAUGCACAGCCAAGCCGCUGCUUAUGCUAGAUUAGCUGAAACUACACCUUUGAAAUCGAUUUCUGUAGAUAAUGAAGGUCUGAGCGAGCUGACUGAUGAAUCUGGCAGUAUUAUUGUGCUCCCUGUCUCAGCACAGAGUGCAGGGUUGUUGCCACAACGUAAAGGUAGGGAACCAUUUUCGAGAUUCUGA